AUGUCUGCAGUCGAGAAGCCAAAGACCCCAGAGGUGCCGAUUGUAUCGCACGGCCGUGGAGGUCAAGGCAACAUUGGCCCGGAUAGCACCCCAUAUGUCGAUGCUGAAAUUGUUCGCGAGGGGGUCUACGGUGACCAAGGUGAUGGCGCAUACUCUGCCGGACGUGGUGGAGCAGGAAACAUUGGCUCGCCGAAUGUCCGGCCAGCUACUAAUGUCCCGCAUGAUGCCGAGGUCGUUCCCGAGCUUGCACUUCGUCCGUCUAAUGAUGAGACCUAUCACACCGGGCGCGGCGGACAGGGUAAUGUCCAUCUUGACAAAGAGGCCAAAGAAAAGGAUGCAAAGAAGAAGAUGGCACACAAGGGCCUGGCUGAUAAGCUAAAGGACAAGUUGAUGGGACGGAAGUAG